AUGCUUGGUGCUGUUCGCCGUUUUGGCGUCACCCAGGCUCUGCGGGCAUCUGCCCCGCGCGCGCUGUCCAUAGGUUGGGCGUCGCAAUUGCUCAAAUGGCAGCCUCCGACCAGCCGAUCCCCUGUCCUGAGCCGUGCGCUUCACACCACAUUUCCUGCUCUGAAUGCCGCAGCCUCGGGAGUUGCUGCGGAAAUUCAGACAUCAAGUGAGUCGGAGCUUGUCACGGAGUUCGAAGAUUUGAAGACAAAGGGGUUGAUUGAUCCCUUCAUCAUCCGCAACAUCACUGAACGGAUGGGCUUGAAGACGAUGACUGAGGUGCAGAGCCAAACCAUCAAUCAAAUGCUUAGUGGCGAGGAUGUCCUGGCUCAAGCGAAGACUGGAACCGGCAAGACUCUUGCUUUCCUUCUCCCUACCCUGCAGAACAUUCUCAGCGAUCCUACACUGCAAAAGAAGCCUUCCAGCAGAAAGUUUCAGUCUCAUGGAAGAAACCGUUCUUUUGUGGGCUCUUCCGAUAUUCGCGCCCUCAUCAUCUCUCCUACACGUGAGCUUGCUGAGCAGAUCGCCGCUGAGGCAAUCAAAGUCGCCCAGGGAACGGGUCUAGUCGUACAAACUGCCGUCGGUGGCACUCAUAAACGAUCUGGUUUGAUGAGAAUCCAACGAGAUGGCUGCCACCUGCUUGUCGGUACUCCUGGCCGCAUCAAGGACAUUUUGUCGGACCCCAGCAGCGGUGUCUCAGCCCCCAAACUGAACACCCUAAUUCUAGAUGAGGCCGAUCGCCUGCUAGACCAGGGUUUUGCCCCUGAGAUUGCGCAAAUCCAGGAUCUCCUUCCCGAUCCUUUCAAGGUGGACCGCCAGACUCUGAUGCUCUCAGCCACCGUCCCAAAAGAAGUAAUGACGAUGGUGAAGCGAACUAUGAAGCCGGGCUUCAAGUUUGUUAAGACUAUCCGAGAAGAUGAGGUUCCUACUCAUCUUCGGGUGCCCCAGAAGGCUGUCUUUCUUCGUGGAUAUGAAAAUGCCCUCCCUGCUGUUCUCGAGCUGGCCAAGAACUACCAGGCCCUACAGGCAGUCGAUGAAACCAUGCGUCCAUUCAAGGCCAUGGUUUAUUUCAACUCCACAAAUGAAGUCAACCUUGCUGCUGAGGCCUUCUGGGCUCUGCGUAGCGAUUCAGCUGAUGGACGCAGCCGAUCGCCUCUAGGUCGCCUGCGCGUUCUGCAAAUCCAUUCGCGUCUGACCCAGGCGCAGCGAACGAACAGUGCGAACAACUUCCGCCGUGCUAGUGAAGCUAUCCUGUUUUCUUCGGAUGUCACCGCCCGUGGUAUGGAUUUCCCCGACGUCACUCACGUCAUCCAGGUUGGUGUGCCCCGAGACCGGGAGACCUACAUUCAUCGCAUUGGCCGUACUGGUCGUGCCAAUAAGUCCGGCGAGGGCUGGGUUUUCCUGCAUGAUGGCGAAUACGAUUUCUUCCAGCAGAAAAUGGGUGAUCUGCCCAUAAAUGAAGACAGCAAGUCCCUUCCAGCUGCUAUGGAGAACAUGUCCCGUGACUUGCAGGACGCCUCUCCCGCCGUGGCUGAGACUAUCACUCAGAUCAAGGAUGCAAUGAACGAACUUUCCCCGAUCCUGCGUGAGACUACAUACCGUUCCCAACUGGGUACGCUUACUUCGAGCUUCUCCAGCCGACGCACCGCAGUCCAGGCCCUCAAUAGCCUAGCCAUUAACGGCUACUGCCUGUCUGAGCCUCCGACCGUGAAGGCCAGCAUUGCUCGCAAUCUCGGAAUUGACCGUGUCAAGGAGCUGAGAAUCGAAGAUGGACCUCGCCGUAAUCUUGACCCCUUGAAUUCGGUUCGGAGGGGACGUGAUUUCGAUCGCCGUGGCGGCAGUUCUAACCGUGGCUCCAGUUCCAACCGUGGCGGGUUCUCUCGCUUCGGCGAGGGUCGCGGUUCCAGUCGCAACGGUAGCCUCUACGGUGCUCGUUCUAAUUACUAA